GAUAUAACACACUGCUAAACUUUGUCCAUUUUCAGCUCACCUGCUAAGAGUAGAGUCUUAAGAAGACUGCAUAUUAAAAGCGCAUCGCUUCCAUCAUUUAUAGGACUGACGGAAAGCCACUCAAAAAUGUCUGAGAGUAUUUAUGCCAAUGUUAACAGUGACAUAACAUGUGAUAUGGACAGAGGAACCAAGGCAAGCCAUACACCUCAACAAUCAGGAAGUGAUUCAGUACAGAUCAGACGUUUCAGAACAACUGCAGUGUGUUCGUUGCUGCUGUAUGUUCUUCUGUUGACUGCGGUCAUAGUGCUGUGUGUCUACAUCCAUACAAAGAACACAACCUACACAGAAGAGACACACAAGCUACUAACCAAGAUUAACAACCUCACAGAACAGAGUGACCUGCUUCUAACCAAGAACAUAAACAUGACAAAUGAAAUGAAUGGAUUAUUAAUCAAGAAUGAAAUCCUGACUAAACAACGAGACCAGUUCAAUCAAGAAAGAAAUAACCUGCAGAAGAUUAUCAAUGAAACAGAAGGAUGGGUACACCCUACUUUCAGCUUAUACUUCAUGUCGUCAAUGAAGAAGAGCUGGACUGAGAGCAGAAGAGACUGUACAGAAAGAGGAGCAGAUCUGAUCAUCAUUAACAACAGAGAGGAACAAGAUUUUGUUACAAAAAUUACUGAUAAAGGAGAAUUCUGGAUUGGUGUGACUGACGCCAAGGAAGAGGGCAGAUGGAAAUGGGUUGAUGGCACCAGCGUGAAGUCUGGGUUCUGGGCAUCCAGUGGACAUAUAACAGAGCCAAAUGGAGGAAGACGAGAGAAUUGUGCUGUGACUUAUUUAAAAAGGCACCCUGAAUUAAUAGGGUGGAUUGAUGCUGAUUGCAAUGGUGCUUAUCAAUGGAUCUGUGAGAAGAGAUCUCGUCCCUAGGAACAGCACACACUUUUUCACUGUUUUCUUAUUUUUAUUUUCUUUAGUUUCAUUACAGCUCAAGUCUUCAGGACUGAACACUCCUGAUCUAGAAGUAAUACUUGUUUAGGCCUCUAUGUGUAUUAAUUUGUAGUUGCUUCCUUUGUAUUUUGCUCUAAAACACACACACACACACACACACACACACACACACACACGCACACAAAAUUCAUUCUAUUAAACUAUUCCUACAUACGCUAAACCCCAGAUUGCUUUACUUUAUUUAUAUAGUAAAUAAAGUAUACCCUAUUUAUACUUAGCAUGCUGUUUACACGUUACCCUUAUGUUAUCAUUAAAGAUGACGUAUGGCUCUAUAUCUCUGGUGGUUUUCAGUCCUGUAGAUCCAGUAAGAAUUUGAAGGGUUUCUUAAGAAUCAAAUACACAUCUGUAGAGGAUUCGAUCUCUUGCAGCACACUGUGACCUGCUUUAGAGACAUGAUUAAAUACAGAUGCAUCUCAGUAAAUUAGAAUGUCAUAAAAAAGUUAAUUUGUUUCAGUAAUUCAAAUUUUGACUCACAUUUAACAAAAACCCGUCAAUUCACUAUCUCACCAAAUUAGAAUAUGGUGACAUGCAGUGGUGUAACUUUGCUUUGAAAAGUGUUGAGGACACCGCGCAACUUGUUUUGCUAGUUUUUAAUUGAAUAAACUAAUUUACUUCGGGACCUAAGGACAGAUCAGCGUUGCCCUGGAAACUAACACUCUGCACCUGCAGAGCCUCAUCACGAGCUGAUCGGCCACACCUGAAGCUAGUUCGCCACCGGCCAGAUAAGCCGUGCUCGACGCCACAACGAGGAGACUGAUAUCUCCAAUGUGGCUGAGAUCUAACCUGUGUUUACUCCUCCCUCUGCAGACACCAGUGUGUGACCGAUCAGUGCCCACGAGAAACUGCACAGACCAGCACCCAGUACCGGGAGACUCGCACGGAGAGCACAAGAACACUCAGUCAGCACGCUCACUACUCACCUUGACGGCACUCUUGUUAACAAAUCCACUCUCCGGAGUAUUUAUUUUGAGCUCUCCUUGUCGUGUGUUCCUUCCACUCCGUGACUAUACAUACAUACAUACAUACACACAAACAUAUAUAUAUAUAUAUAUGUAUGUGUGUGUAUGUAUUACCCUUUUUCUGUCAAUAAAAUCCACCCUUCG